AUGCCGACACACAGUGGCUUCACAAGGCGUGGUCCUCGACUCUCUGCCGAUCCACAACACAUUGCUAAACGAAAGAGGCUCAUUGCAGAGGAAUUUGCUCGAGAUGGUAAACAUGCUGCCAUCAGAAAGACAAUCUCGUGGGGAGACAUCAGGAAACAUGACACAGAUUCACCUAAUAAACGAUCUCGUACAUCCCUUUCCCAAUCUAUCACACCUGGACUAUCCGACAUGUCCACGCCCACACCGAUGAAUCGGCCCCGUUCUUCUUUAAAGUCCUCACUCAGUCAGAGAACUCCUCAGCAUCAAUCCAACACUUCAACAAAGAGGGAGUCCGCCGGAAAACCUUCGCCCAUUUUGAAACAACCUCCGCCUCAAAUUACGCUUCAAUCUGCCAGUCGUGGAACUAGCCCUCAAAGGUCCCAAGCCCAACCAGAGAUAAUUAACCUCGUCAGCGACGAAACAUCCCAGAGCAACGAGCGCUCCCAGUCUCAUAGCAACGAGGCUCGAGUGGAACAAGCUUCGGAUCUCCCCUCGAGUGUCGAGCAAACUACCAAGUUAGGAAAAAGUGUUGGCUCGCUAGCACCUACGCCGCCAAUAUCGGAAGCCGGUGUUCAAUAUCAAGAACAAGAUGUUCUCGAGCACAAUAGGUCUUUGUCACCGAGAUAUAUACAUUCGCAUGCUAGCCCAAGGGCGAACGUAACUCCAAAUCUUUCUGCUAGUCAACCCAUCCCACAGGCAACUAGCAAUCACUUGCCCGCACACCUGGAUUCUCAGCUUCGACGAAAGCGCAAAACGUCCAAUAUGGGGAUUCAGACUAUUCCAGACAAAGAUGUUGAUUGGCUUGGAGACAUUAAUGCGGACAACUCGAUUUCAGCAGUCGAAAUUUCCAGAAUCUGGGCGGAGCAACGAUCAGGUCCAAAGGCUUCAGAGGAAUCUAAUCGGUUCCGAGAACCUACAUCCGAGCCUGAUGAGCCCCUUACCGGAAACUUCUUGGACGAAGUCGAGGGCCAAUUAGCUGACGAGGAUGAGGCAGCUGGAGACUUGAGCUAUGCUAAACCUUCUAAGGCUAUUGAGGACCCCAACGAAUUAAAUAGACAAGACCCGGCUCAGGCGCUUAACCAGGACAUUCCAAACCGUAUGCCCACUUCCCGGUCGCCAUCUCCUAUCGGUUCGUUGUCAUCUGGACAGUUGAUCAGGCCAUCGGAUGUCACUCCUGAAUCAUCACUACACCAUCCCUCCCUGUCUCCAGCCUGUGAGACUAUUGGCAGUCAUCCUCAAUCCUUUACUCGACCGUAUCCGUUUGAUCUCAAGGGGCGCAAGUUGGCCGGUGCUACCGAUCGGACCGACGCUCCUCAAGUGGACUCUCAACCUCGUCCUGUUUCAUUGUCACAGCCGAAUCCAUUUGUCUCUGAAACUCGCGCCCGGUCCAGGCUUUAUACCCCUCAACCUGCGCCACCCUCAAGGCAAAAAGAUUUGAGUGAACUACGGGCCGCUCCAACUCUGGGGAGGAGUAUGUUGGAAGCAACCAAACCACUGUCCGUUUCUACCAAUAAUGGGACUUACAAAACCGCUUUCAAAGACUCCGAUUUCAAGGCAAAUACAUUGAAGGCUGCGCCUACUCUUGGGAGAUCGACAGAUUGGGGUCAUGCUAGUCCUUCUCGGCGAGUUGCAUCCCGUUCGAACGAAAAAGAUGGUGCAAGUGGGGGUCAGCAACCUACGGAUUACGACGUGGAGUAUAGCUCCAUUCCCGAGGCACCCUCCAGCUUCCCUUUAGGACCUCCUUCCUCCCCCUCGAACGGCUGGGAGGCGGACCUCAUCCCAGAAAAUGUAUCGGUCAAGGGGGCUUCCUUGUCAGAUGAAUUCCCGCCCAUUACACUUGCCGACCUUGAAAGACGGCGUCGAUCCUCCAUCGCCUCCUUGGCUGAAUCCAAGAAGAUACGGCGCGAAUACGACACUAUCGAGUCCAACGCAGUUCCUCAGCUUCGGGCACAUAGAGAUACAUACGAUGAAUCUGGUCGACGGACAUGGGUGCCAAAGAGGCCAGGUAUGAGGCGUGCAUUGGAUGUCCCACCGUCAAGUACGAAGAAGCCCAUCAGGACCAAGUAUCAGCCCCCGGUCGAAGAGUCGGAAGAAGCCGAGGAAAGGCUCAGUUACGACCCUCCUGAAUCCGCGCGGGAGUCUCGCACAGAAACAUUCGACCCUGUUCCUUAUGGUGAAACAAUGCAAGAGCACCAAGUGGAAACGGGAGGGCUACCAGGGAAGACGUACUUUCACGAAACUAAGAAUAGGGAUCCUCGCCCGCCGACUGAGAUCUCGGAAACUCCACAAAGCACUCGUGUUCGUGAUCCGUACGACCUCGCUACUUCAGAGCUCCAAGAAUUCCAGUCACAGAGGUUCGAAAGCGAACAGCCUCGUAUGAAGCCUAUCGACUUUGCCUACAUUCUACCACACGAUCGAUCGGCCUUGAGUACUGGACGGAAAGACCAUUCAGCCCAUGCUACACGAAAUCAACUUGUCCCAUCGCCCGAGGUUGGGCGUGGAUCUCAGCCCGUGUCCCCACAGCGCAUCAAACUUGACGGGGGCUCAACGAGGAAGGCAUCCUCGAGGCGAAAGCGUCCGAGCUCAGGGCUCCAGAUAGCUCCCGCUCCUGAGCCUAUUUGGAGCCCUCCUCGUACGAGAUUAUCCAUGGGAGGUCGAUCUGGGAUCUCAGUUAUUGAAGUGAGCAAAAGCGACCAAGAGAUCCUUGUUCAGGCUGGCCUUCGACCGAUCCUUAAGCGCCUAAGUCAAGCCCAUGGGUUCACAGUUGAAGUCGUCGCGGAAGUUUAUCAAGAGGCUGGAUCGCUCAAAGAUACCGAAGAUACGCUUGAAAGGAUGAAACAUUCUGCAGAUAAGACAAGGUUAAACAUUUCUCGACGUAGGUCAACGAUAGGGAUCCCGAGCGGAGAACAGCGGGAGAUAGUGGAGCUGGAUAGCUCAGAGUUAUCUGCAACUAAUAAUGAUUAUCUGAAUUGGGACACGAGCCGGAUGAGUAGUCGGAUUUUAUUUGGGGAGGGACUUUGA